AUGACCAAGGUCAUGCCUUUCGAUCAAUAUCAUGAUGAGAUCUCCAUGCUGUUCUCGGAUGGAGACACACACGAUGAGCUUUACCGUGACAGCUCAAAUCAGAUGGUGAAUGAUGAGAUCUAUGCCAGAUGGCUCGAAUUGUGCGAUCUCAUUGAUUCUGAUCAGUACAAAAAUAGCAUUUCCACUUCUGUGGUUAUCGACUUCCCUUUUAAGGACAUGUCGAACAAUGGAUUGAAGUUGGAAGAUGGAUUGUUGGAAAGAGCCUGGUUCUUCAAGUUCAACCGAUCCACCAUGAAAGAUUUGCGUUUUGUUCUGCAUGGACAUACAUUCAUGAAGUGGUCUACACGUCUCAAGACACCGCCCUCAAAACGAGCGGCGGAGCUGACAUCGGUAAACAUGCGUCUUGCUUUCUUUGACGAUUCUGCUGGACGGUGGCAACAAAUGAAGCAUGGCCAGACUAUACUUCCGACCAAACCAGAGCUGAAGAAUUCUUGGAAGUCAUAUUAUUUCAACCAAGGUCUGCUCAUCCAAGAAGACAUCCAAUGGAGGUGGUCGAUCCCAGCUCACAUUCCUCGGGCUGAUAUCAAGAACGAGUCAUCGAAGAAGAUGUAUGAGCGAGUAAGAAAGCUCCUCAUUCUGGCAGAAGAGAGCAUCCUGAAGCAUGUUCCCAUCAUAGAGACUGGAUCCGUGCUUCAAACAAACAAGAAGAUUCGAGGGAGUUUAGAGGAGGUUCAUGAGAUGGAGAUCUUUGCUCUUCCCGAUGUACGAAUCGAAACAGAUCCUUUGGGAGCUUCAUACUCGACAAACUUGGACUCUCAGCUGAAAAUUCAGAAUGAAGCAGCAAGAGCAUUCUGGAUGGAAUAUUUCUUCAAUGACAAGAGCGUGCCAUGGAAUACUUUUCUCCUGGCAUUGAAGGAAGAGUAUCCUCAUCAUUUUGAGAGACUUGAAGUCGCCGGAAUCAAUCAGCUCAGAUCAGAUCUUGAUCCGGAUAAUGCCUCCAUAGUGACAAUGUCUCAUUACAACAUCUUCACGAAGAAAGCUUCCAUGGAAGUCAAGUUAGAAAGAAUCGCGAGCGGUAAAGCACAUGAUGAGAAACAGAACCAAACAAAGCAAAUGAUAGCAGAGGGCAUCAAAUCGCUUGGGAGUGGUUUGCCAAAUGCCGCUGAAUCUAGCGUAUCAAUACUUUUUCUUGGAGCAAACAACUCUUACAACGCUGAGCUACAGAUUAAGCUUGAAGCCGAGAAAGUCCAGGAAUGCUUUACGAAGCUACAUGGGGCUGUAUCUUGGAAGGAGAAUCUCACUUUCUUCUAUGAUGUCUUUGCUGACGUUCAAUCUUUGAUCAACAAGGUACAGGCAAAUCGACCAACUAUUCUACACUUUGCUUGCCAUGGGAAUAUGCAAGGACUUGAACUCUUCGGGCAAACGGAAAGCCCAAAGAAUAUCACUGCACUUCUCAGCCACUUGAAUCCGACGCAUGAUACAACUUCUAGAAUCCGUGUCGUGGUCAUCAAUGCUUGCCAUUCUCACGAAUUCGCUGAAGCCGUAACAAAAGUGGUCGAUUUUGCCAUUGGGCAUAUCGGUCCUGUGGGGGACGAAACUGCAAUCAAGUUUUCGCAACUCUUCUAUGAACAACUUGGGAGAUGCGGUGAGUCAAGUCUGAGACAAGCUUUUUUCCUCGCCAGGCACUCGGUUCAAGAUAGCAACUACGUUCUGUUUGAACGAAGAGAUUCAUCGAAGUUCUUCUUGCAGAACCCUGUAACCGAGCGAGACAGGGUGAUCAUGGCAAGGAACAGCUCCAUGCAGCAUCAGCUGCGCGAGGCUCAGGAGCGUUACUUGGAGGGAAGGAGAUAUGAAGGAACAACAGGCCUGCCAGGCUCGCGCUGCAAGUGGUGUCACAAGUCCAGACACAGCCAUUAUCCACCUGAAUUCUUUUGCAUGGAGCAGCAGCAAACGAAUGACUGCUUCCAUGGAAACAAAUGUCUGGGAAUCACUCUGCCAAAUUGGUUCUUGAAUCAAAAUGGGUUCGUCAGGGGAUAUGUUUACUUAGUGGUGUUCACAAUGAUCAUUUCUCUGAUUUCUGUUGGGUUCGGGAUGGUGACCUCAAACGCCCUCGGUGGAACAAUCUUAAUCCUCAUACCAAUCAUUCUCUUGGGAAGCGCAUACUUUUACUCGUAUUCAAGUUCCCGACAACGCAAACAGACUUAUCCUGCAGGCUCGACGAGAGAGGCUUCUGAGUCUACUCUGGACAGCAUACCAAGCGGAAGCUUCUGUCCAAAGUGCAAGAGCGCGGCAAGCUUUGAUCAACACUUCUGCAUCUACUGCGGCUCUCGAAUCAUGUAA